GUAAACCAAUCCCAAAAUCUGAACGGUCCAAAAGCAUUUGACCCCAUAGAGGAAGAGAGAGAGCGUUGAAAAGAGUAAAAAGACGGUAUUGACCUCCUCGUCUCGCGCAGAUUGUUUCUCCUUGUUCAGCUCCUUCCUUCCUCUUCUCCUCCUCCGAUUCUCCAUACCCACCAUGAACGAGAAAGCCAACGUCUCUAAGGAGCUUAAUGCCCGCCACAGAAAGAUUCUGGAAGGGCUUCUUAAGCAUCCAGAGAACAGAGAAUGUGCUGACUGCAAAACAAAAGGUCCAAGAUGGGCUAGUGUUAAUUUAGGUAUCUUUAUAUGCAUGCAAUGUUCUGGGAUCCACAGGAGUCUCGGUGUACACAUAUCCAAGGUUCGAUCUGCCACUCUGGACACAUGGCUCCCCGAGCAGGUUGCAUUUAUCCAUUCAAUGGGAAACGAGAGAGCAAAUAGUUACUGGGAAGCUGAGCUACCCCCAAAUUAUGAUAGAGUUGGAAUUGAGAAUUUCAUACGUGCAAAGUAUGAAGAGAAGAGAUGGGUUUCUAAAGGUGAAAAGGCUAGAUCACCCCCAAGAGUGGAGCAGGAACGGCGGAGAUCCGUUGAGAGGACAGUACCUGGAUAUGAGCAUGGCCACAGUAGUAGUCCUGUAAAUUUGUUCGAGGAGAAGAAAACUGUCCAAGCACCUAGAAUAAGAAAUAGUGUUGCUGCAACGAGGAUAAGUCUUCCAGUGCCUCCCCAGGGACCUAAUCAGGUUAUAAAGCCACAGCAGAAAAUAGAAACUGUAGCCGCUCCUGUGGAGACAAAGAAACCAACAGUAAAUGUUGCACCGGCAUCAGAUCCUCCAAAGGUGGAUUUUGCUACUGACCUCUUCAACAUGCUAUCAGUUGAUGAGCCUGCUGCAAAUACCUCAGAGACAGCAGCUCCUGCUGAUGAUAACCUAUGGGCUGGCUUUCAGUCGGCUGGAAGUGGUCAAACGGUUGAGAAAAUUGUCACAGCAAAACCUGACGAGAACAGUUCUCCUCCAGCUACCGGGAUCGAGGAUUUGUUUAAAGACACGCCUAAUUUUACAGCCCAACAAGCACCACAGAAAGAUGUGAAAGGCGAUAUCAUGAGCCUAUUUGAGAAGUCGAAUAUGGUGUCGCCUUUUGCCAUGCAGCAGCAACAGUUUGCUAUGCUUGCUCAGCAGCAAGCCCUUUACAUGGCUGCAGCAAAAGCUGCAGGAGGAACUCCAAACGGCGUGAAUCAACAAGCUGUUGCUAAUGCUCUUAACUUAGCAUCUGCAAAUUGGUCAAACAAUGGUUACCAGAUCCCUGGAAUGACUAACCCAGGAGGUGGUCAACCUGAUCUCCAGAAACUUAUGCAAAACAUGAACGCAAACAUGAACAUGAGACCUGUACAACCGCAAGAGAACACUCCUCAAUAUCCAAUAUCCAAUUUCUACACGACGAGUCAAGUCAACCACGUGGGGAACGGUAUGACCCCAAACUCAACCGGUAAACCUCAGUCAUCAACUGCAGCACAACAACCAACGGGCACCACACCAUCUUCUCAGUCAGGCAAAGAGUUUGAUUUUUCUUCCUUGAUGGAUGGAAUGUUCACUAAACAUUGAUCAAGAGAGGGACCUUUUCUGAAUUUUGUGCAUCUUAAAAUUUGUCAUGUAUUUGAAGAACUAAAAAUAUAUAUAUACAAUAACCCACGAUCAGCUUUUUCAUCAAACAAUUCUUUUCGUUGAA